UCUUUUCAACCAUUCUCAAUUUAAAGAGUAAAGUAAACUUUAAAAUUGUUUGAAGUAAAAACGUGAAAAAUUUGUAAAUUAAAAAUACAUACUCAUUAAUAAUUGUGACCUAAAUCAUGGAUUACAAUUACGAACAAACUAGUGAAGUGGAAGCAUUAGAUUCUAUUUAUUUCGGCGAUAUGGCAGUGAUAGAAACAAAACCAUUUCACAAAUUUAGUAUACCUAUAAAGUCAGAGGGGUUUGAUGAUGGAGAGGGGUUGGCCUGCCAUCUAGUAUUUACUUACACAUCAAAGUAUCCUGAUGAAUUACCCAUUAUUGAAAUUGACAAUGAGGAGAAUUUCGACAAUAUUGUUGAUAAAGAGGAACUUCUCACACAUCUUGCUGAACAGGGUAAAGAAAACUUGGGAAUGGUCAUGGUAUUCACAUUAGUGUCAGCUGGACAAGAGUGGCUUAAUGAGACUUGGGAUAAAGUUAAGAAAGAGCGUGAAGAAAGGAUACUAGCCAAACAAAAGGCAGAUGAAGAGGCAGAACUGAAAAGGUUUGAAGGCACUAGAGUCACAGUAGAGUCAUUUUUGGCAUGGAGGAAACAGUUUGAGAUUGACAUGGGAAUCCCAGCUAAGAGGGAACGAGAAGCAAAAGAUAAGAACAAACUGACUGGAAGAGAACUAUUCCUUCAGGAUACAACACUCAAUGAAUCGGAUCUCAAAUUCUUGGAUGAUGGAGAUGCAGUAAAAGUGGAUGAGUCUUUAUUCCAGAACCUGGAUGAUUUGGAACUCACCGAUGAGGAUGAUGGUGACUAUGAACCUUCACAAAGUGGUAGUGAUAGUGAUUAGUGAAAGAACGACGGAAACUGACUUUGAAGCACAGUAUAAAGGCGACUGAAUCACCACAGACUAAUUGUGAAUCAAUGCUUAUAAGACUGGUUUGUUAUGUUGAAUUUUGUAAACAAGUCUAUGCAAUUGUUGUAUUGUAAGAAAUGUAAUAUAAUUUUGCCGCUA